UGCCAUUUUGCAGCGUCAGCCGGGCGGCGAAGCCUCCCCGGCAGCUGCGCAGAGGGGCCGCGCUCGCAGGGAGCGGCGGAGGGAGCCGGUGGGGAGGGCGGUGCAGGCCAAUGAGUUAAAGAGUCGCCGCCGCCGCCGCCGCUCGGGCAGGAGCCGCGCCGCCGCCCCGCCGAGUUUGGGGUUCGCUUUCCCUCCUUUCCUUCCCCUCCCUCCUACCGACAGCCGCCCGGCGGCCUCUCCCGGGCCGCCCCCACCCCGCCAGCCUCCCUCCCUCCCUCCCGCCGUGCCUGCCCGGGGGCCGCCCGCACCAUGCCGUCCGUGCCGCUGCCGCCCAAGGAGAGCAACCUUUUCAAGCGGAUCCUGAAAUGUUACGAACAAAAACAGUACAAAAAUGGACUCAAGUUCUGCAAGAUGAUACUCUCUAACCCGAAAUUUGCUGAACAUGGAGAGACACUUGCGAUGAAAGGACUGACCUUGAACUGCUUAGGGAAGAAGGAAGAAGCAUAUGAAUUUGUUCGUAAAGGACUUCGUAACGACGUAAAGAGUCAUGUCUGUUGGCAUGUCUAUGGUCUUUUGCAACGUUCUGAUAAGAAAUAUGAUGAAGCCAUCAAGUGUUACCGGAAUGCACUCAAACUAGAUAAAGAUAAUCUACAGAUCUUGAGAGAUCUCUCGCUGUUGCAAAUCCAGAUGAGGGAUUUAGAAGGAUAUAGAGAGACAAGGUACCAGCUACUUCAGCUGCGCCCCACACAACGGGCUUCCUGGAUUGGAUAUGCCAUUGCAUACCACUUACUAAAAGAUUAUGAUAUGGCCUUAAAACUGCUUGAAGAAUUUAGGAAAACACAACAGAUUCCUCCUAAUAAAAUAGAUUAUGAAUAUAGUGAACUGAUUUUAUAUCAAAAUCAAGUGAUGAGAGAGGCAGAUCUAUUUCAGGAGUCUUUAGAACAUAUAGAGACAUACGAAAAGCAAAUAUGUGAUAAAUUAAUAGUAGAAGAAAUCAAAGGAGAGAUGUUACUGAAGUUGGGAAGACUGAAAGAAGCGGGUGAAGUAUACAGAGAGUUAAUUGAGCGCAAUGCAGAAAACUGGUAUUAUUACGAAGGCUUGGAAAAGGCCCUACAACCUAGCACUUUAGAAGAGAGGCUUCAGAUUUAUGAAGAAGUUAGUAAAAGACAUCCCAGAGCAGUUUCACCUAGAAGAUUACCUUUAAACUUUGUUUCAGGUGAAAAAUUUAGACAACUAAUGGAUAAGUUCCUGAGGGUAAACUUCAGUAAAGGCUGCCCACCCUUGUUUACCACUUUGAAAUCUUUAUAUUACAAUCCAGAAAAGGUUUCUACAAUCCAAGAACUUGUUACUGGUUACGAAGCCUCUUUGAAAACUUGUGACCUUUUUAGUACAUGUGAAAAUGGAGAGAAAGAGCCCCCGACGACACUGCUUUGGGUUCGAUAUUUCCUGGCACAGCACUUUGACAAACUUGGCCAGUGUUCUUUGGCCUUGGAUUACAUUAAUGCUGCAAUUGCAAGCACUCCAACAUUAAUAGAACUAUUCUAUUUAAAAGCAAAAAUUUAUAAGCAUGUAGGUAACCUCAAGGAAGCUGCCAAAUGGAUGGAUGAAGCACAGUCUUUGGAUACUGCAGACAGGUUUAUCAAUUCUAAAUGUGCUAAAUACAUGCUGCGAGCAAAUAUGGUGAAGGAUGCAGAGGAAAUGUGCUCUAAAUUUACAAGGGAAGGAACUUCUGCUAUGGAAAACCUAAACGAGAUGCAGUGUAUGUGGUUCCAGACUGAAUGUGCUGCAGCUUAUCAAAGGCUAGGGAAGUAUGGUGAUGCCUUGAAAAAAUGCCACGAAGUAGAAAGACAUUUUUUUGAGAUAACGGAUGAUCAAUUUGACUUCCACACAUACUGCAUGAGAAAGAUGACUCUCCGUGCCUACGUAGACCUUCUGAGAUUAGAAGAUGUGCUCAGGAAACAUGCCUUCUACUUCAAGGCUGCUCGAUCAGCAAUUGAAAUCUACUUGAAGCUGCAUGAUAAUCCUCUAACCAAUGAAAGCAAAGAACAAGAAGUGAAUUCAGAAAAUCUCUCAGCCAAAGAAUUGAAGAAAAUGCUUAGCAAGCAAAGAAGAGCGCAGAAGAAAGCAAAACUCGAAGAGGAAAGAAAACAUGCAGAAAGAGAACGACAACAAAAGAAUCAAAAGAAAAAGCGAGAUGAAGAGGAGGAGGAAAUUAGUGGACCUAGGGAAGAGCUAGUUCCUGAAAAACUGGAAAGGGUAGAAAAUCCAUUAGAAGAAGCCAUUAAGUUCCUUAUACCACUUAAGAAUCUUAUUGGAGAUGACAUAGAAACACACUUACUAGCAUUUGAAAUAUACUUUAGAAAAGGAAAGUUUCUGUUAAUGUUACAGUCUGUCAAAAGAGCUUUUGCUAUCAACAGUAAUAACCCAUGGCUACAUGAGUGCUUGAUUAAAUUCUCUAAAGCUGUGUCUGACCAUAGUAACCUCCCAGAGAUUGUGAGCAAGGUCCUAACUCAAGAAAUGCAGAAAAUCUUUGUUAAUAAAAACUUGGAAAGUUUUAAUGAAGAAUUUCUCAAACACAAUGCUACCUCCAUUCAGCACCAACUGUCAGGUGCAAAGAUGAUGUAUUUCCUGGACAAAUCAAGACAAGAAAAAGCAAUUGCGGUUGCUACUAGGUUGGAUAAAAACAUGAGAGACAAAAAUGUGAAGACAUUAACAAAGGUUUUUGAGGCGCUGCUUGAUGGCAGUUUUGGAAGCUGCCACACUCAAUGUGAAGAAUAUCAAGCAGCAUGUCAUAAACUGUUUCCUUUUACGUCUGCCUUUAUGCCUGCCACAAACGAGGACGAUAGCAGCAUUGCAUCUGUGAAUCAUACAGCCAUUAACCAUGAUUUGCUGUCUAAUGAAAUCUGAGGUAGUGUGUGUGAGCCCCUCUGUGUGUGUGUGUGUGUAUACCUACAUGCACACAUGUAUAAGAAACUCUGACACUCGUUACAUGCUGGCUGGAUACAGAUCAGGGUUACUUUUCCAGGUUGUAUUUUAAUAUCUUUAACAGGUAUAAAACAAAAUAUUUGGAUAGUUAAAUGAAAUGGAGUAUGCUUAGUUUUUUUCCUCCCAACAAAAACUGCCAAUAUUUAUGUAAACAUUAUCCUUAAUCAGCAUUUUUCAUGUUUAUACUUGUACAGUUUUAAGUCUUUUAAUAAUCCAUCAGCCCUCCCUCACAAAAAAUAUGGAUGUUGAAGACUGCUUUCACAUAAGUGUUGUUACAUAUACAGAUAAAUGUGAUCAUAUCCUGUUAAUAAAUUACCAUUUGAGCGUUUUUAGCAGAUUAAGACUGAAGUGCUGCUUGAAUUGCCCUUUUUGUCUUUUACAGUUCUUUAGGGUUUUUUCUGGGUUUGUUUUUUUAUUUUAUUUUUAUCUUUGUUCUCUUUUGGUUUUUUGAAGCACAGUGACAAUGAAAGCAUUGGGGGUUUGCAUGUUUUUAUCAGGUGUGUGUCUUAUAAGGAACCAGUGUUGAUGGAUAUGAAGAUUAGGUUUGUGUUUAAAAAAAAUGUAAAAAAACCCAACCCCAAACCACCUAAGGCUUUAUAAAAACUAUUCUAUCUACCUUGUGUUCCACAGCUGUUGUUUCCUUAAGUUUAUGGUCAGUUUAACAAAAUUAAGUUUGAGUAUUCUGAAGCAAUUAGCUGUGAAAACAAUGAAUUUGAUACUGUUUUGUCCUUUGUUCCAUCUUCUUCCUUUUCUUCCUUCUGGUUUCUCGCCAUCUGUUCACCUAUUGAUACUUAAGUUGAAGAAGCUGCUCCAAUUUUGGGCAAAUGCAGAAGGUACAAUACUGGGGAAUACAGUUCUUCUCUACAUCAUAAAGAUUCACUGCUAAGUUUACUGUAUUAUCUCCAUUAAAAGUCUUAGUUGUCCACUUAUGGCCAAUACUCCAGUACUUCUCAUGCCUAAAGACUAUUGCUUUAGGUGCUGCAAAGCAAAUAGUAUGUGUGAGAAAUAUGUUUUACAUUUAAAACUGUUUAAGGGAGCACAAAGGGGCUGACUGCAAAUCAUAAUGAACCUUUUUCUUUCUUUGUUUUCUGGUGCAUUAACUAUUAAAUAUACAACACAUCAAAAUGGAAGUCUGAAUCUAAUAUACCUAUUUAAAGCAUAGUAUUGCUGGACAAAAUGGCUACAUAUGACAGCUUUACAUUCUAUAAGAACUGCUAUCAAAACGUAACUAUACUGUGGCUUGUACAGAAAAUCCGUUUUCUGGAAACUGUAAUGGAAUCAUCCGAUCAUGGUUUGUUUUUAUUUCACUGCAAUGUAAAUAACUUCAGUAAUAUUAACUAGCCCCUCAAAGGCAAAUAUAAGUUCAUGAAGAGGGGAUUUUAUUAAGACAAAUAAACUGUUCUAAUUAAAAUUCUCCUUUGUGUGUCAUCUGUUUAGAUUCAAAAUUGUUGAAUGGAAAACUCACUGUAAAAUAUUGCCAACAUAUGUUAUGCUGUAAUAAAUUAUUUUGUACACACUU